UUACCUGCUUCGCUCACACACACUGGACGCCGCUGGCUUUCUGUCCACGUUUACUAAAGCUGCAGGGCACAAAUUUGACAUCUGCUUUUCUCUCUUUGUGUUGGUUGUCCGGCUUCUUUCUCGCUUUGAUUUUUUGCAAUGUUUUACAAAAGCUGAAAUGGAUUUGUAACCGGUGGAGGUGGCAAACAGGGAUAUUUUCUCCACUUUUAUUUUGCCAUCUACAGUUCUCUAUUCUGUCAGGUCUCCGUGUACUCAGACAGGAUGACAUGGCGUCCUCAGUACCGGAGUUCUAAGUAUCGCCACGUGUUUGGGAAGCCGGCCACAAAAGAGAACUGCUAUGAUGGCGUCCCCAUCACUCGAAGUGUUCAUGACAACCAACUCUGUGCCGUCAAUCCACGCUUUAUCGCUAUCAUCACCGAAUGUGCGGGAGGUGGAUCUUUCCUGGUGCUGUCUGUCCAUAAUACUGGCAAGGUUGACCCUCAUUAUCCAAAGGUUUCUGGUCACAGAGGGAAUGUACUUGACAUCAAAUGGAAUCAUUUUAAUGACUUCUGCAUAGCAUCUUGUUCAGAGGACGCCACAGUGAAAGUCUGGGAAAUCCCUGAACAUGGUGUUUUGAAGACUAUCACAGUGCCUUGGAAAGAGCUGCAGGGUCAUUCUCGACGUGUCGGCCUCAUCGAGUGGCAUCCCACUGCCAACAACAUCAUUUUCAGCACCGGUUAUGACUAUCAGGUUAUGGUGUGGAAGCUGGACGUUCCUGAACAGGUGAUCAAAAACCCUGUGCGUUCCAUCAGUGUUCAUUCAGAUGUGGUUCUGUCUAUGUCCUUCAACACAGAUGGCAGCAGACUCGCCACUUCCUGCAAGGACAAGAAGAUCCGGGUGAUUGACCCACGUACUGGCACCCUUUUACAGGAGACUAACUGCAAAUCACACAAAGCCAGUAAAGUGCUAUUUCUUGGAAACUUGAAAAUGCUUCUCUCCACGGGAAACUCACGCUGGAACCAUCGCCAGAUUGCACUUUGGGAUCAAGAGGAUCUCUCUCAGCCAUCCUAUUCUGAGGAUUUGGACGGCUCUUCUGGUGUUCUCUUCCCUUUUUAUGACCCGGACACACACAUGCUUUACAUAGCUGGAAAAGGUGAUGGAAAUAUCAGAUACUACGAAAUCAGUCCAGAGAAACCAUAUGUGCACUAUUUGACUGAAUACAGGUCUCAUCUACCACAGAAGGGAAUGGGCGUCAUGCCAAAGAGAGGACUUGAUGUGUGUUCCUGUGAAAUCUUCAGAUUCUACAAGCUAGUGACAAUCAAAAGUCUCAUAGAACCUCUGUCCAUGAUUGUUCCACGGAGGUCAGAGUCCUAUCAAGAAGACAUUUACCCCAUGACAGCUGGGAACAAGCCCGCCAUGACAGCAAAUGAGUGGAUCGGUGGUCUAGACAAAGGUCCCGUGAUGAUGUCACUGAGGCCUGGAAGUAAAGUGGACACAUAUGUGGACUUUGGUGUGAGGAAAAGCCCAAUGGAAUCAACAGAGAUGCACAAUUCCCGCAGUCAGCCUGGGUUGUCACAGCUCAUUCAGCGACUAGAGACCAAAGAUGGAAACGGACGCAAAGAAUCCCCCCCUACAUUAUUACUCCCAUCCACAGAAGAAAACAGCAGUUCUGCAAGCUAUGUCAGCAAUGGACAGCUAGAUUCCACACACUGUUCAACACCAAAAACGGAGAAUGAGCUAAGGCAGAUGUUUUAUAAGCAGCAGGAGGAGAUCCGAAAGAUGAGGGAGCUGCUGAAUCAGAAGGAUGUCCGGAUAAAACAGCUAGAACUGGAGAUCAAAAAUGUGAGGAACUCACAAGCUCCUCUUUGAGAGAUACUGUAGUACAUCACCACACUGUAAACGCCUUGUCUGCUUCACUAACAUUGACUUAAGAACUUUCUGCCUGGUGAAUUUUGCUGUAGAGAUGCGGUCACUGAUGCUUGGCAAAAUUGUUAACAAGAAUCCAUGCGAUUGGGAGUGAAGAAGUUUACAUUGCAGAUUUCACUUGUUGUUUUGGUUCAAGCUGUCCAACAGAAAAACUGCUUGACUACAAUAUUGACAAUGGACCUUCUAGCCUGUGAAAUUUAGUGAAAAUUUGGCCAAUGUGACUGCACCUUAGGGAAACAUGUGGGCUACAUUCCCAUUUCUAACAUCUCUACAUGGAACGUCAUUCCUUGUAUGCACAUUUUGUGCACAUAAAUACUGUACAACCUCCGUGGAAGUUUUUUUUUUUUUUUUUACACUUAAGCACUAUGCAAAAAUUUUUAUUUUCAGUUGUGAUCUUACU